GAGUGUGUGUUGUGCAUGCGUGUGCUUGUGUAUUGCUGGUUUCUGCUUCCUUUCGCUGUUGCCUGCAUAUUCAUCACAUGUAUUUUUUUUCAUUUUUUUAUUGACAAAAAUUCUUUAUCAUUUUCAAACAUGUCGAGAGAAAUUUCAAAAAAACGUACCUUUGUAAAUCAAGGUGUUUUUCGUGCCGAAUUGGAUGAAUUUUUGCGCCGUGAAUUGGCUGAAGAUGGUUACAGUGGUUUGGAUGUCUAUACUUUAGCCUCUAAAACUAGAAUCGUCAUCUUUGCUACUCGUACACAAUCAGUUUUAGGUGAAAAAGGUCGAAGAAUCCGUGAAUUGACAUCUUUGGUCCAAAAACGAUUCAAUUUCGAUGAAGACAAAGUUGAAAUUUUUGCUUUGAAAAUCGCUGAUAGAGGUUUGUGUGCUAUCGCACAAUGUGAAUCUCUUCGUUACAAAUUAAUCGGUGGUCUGGCUGUUCGUCGUGCUUGUUAUGGUGUUCUUCGUUUCAUCAUGGAAUCUGGAGCCAAAGGCUGUGAAGUUGUUGUUAGCGGUAAACUUCGUGGUCAACGAGCCAAAAGUAUGAAAUUUGUUGAUGGAUGGAUGAUUCAUUCUGGUCAGCCUAAAAAUGAUUACGUUGAUGUUGCUGUCAGACAUGUACUUUUAAGACAAGGUGUAUUGGGAAUAAAGGUCAAAAUUAUGUUGGAACAAGAUUAUACUGGAAAGAAAGGACCAAAGAUUCCGUUGCCCGAUAAUGUUCAAAUUGUUAAUCCGAAAGAUGAGGUACUUCCAACAAAUCCUUUUUCGGAAUCGAAAAUAGUUGCUGAACCACCUAAAAUAGCGGCAUAAGAAAUGUGAACAUUUUUCAAUU